UAAAAAAGCGCACCGGGUUGGCGCAUGUAUUUGCUCAUUUUUCUUUCCAAUCUUCGAUUCCGCUGCGUCUCGUAUCGGAUGCUGGAUGCAAUCUAUCCCCACGUCAACGAUACACCUCUGAAGGACAAACCAUGGACAGUCUAGGCAGCCGCUGUAAAAUUGUGGUAGUCGGGGACACGCAAUGUGGGAAAACGGCACUCCUGCACGUUUUUGCCAAGGACUGCUAUCCAGAGAACUACGUGCCCACAGUGUUCGAGAACUACACAGCCAGUUUUGAGAUAGACAAGCACCGGAUUGAGCUGAAUAUGUGGGACACGUCAGGUUCCUCUUAUUAUGACAAUGUGAGGCCACUGGCAUAUCCUGAUUCUGAUGCAGUUCUCAUCUGUUUCGACAUCAGCCGCCCAGAGACUUUGGACAGUGUCAUAAAAAAGUGGCAAGGAGAGACGCAGGAGUUUUGUCCCAAUGCCAAAGUGGUGCUGGUUGGCUGUAAACUGGACAUGAGGACAGACGUCAACACCCUGAGGGAACUUUCCAAGCAGCGACUCAUCCCUGUCACCCACGAGCAGGGCAGCACAAUAGGUCGACAGAUUGGAGCGGUGGCCUACGUAGAGUGCACUUCCAAGGUUUCCGAGAACAGUGUUCGAGACGUGUUCCACAUCACCACGGUGGCGUCGGUGCGGAGGCCACACAAGCCGCAGCUAAAACGCAGCAGUUCCCGCAGGGGGCUGAAGCGGGUGUCGCAGCUCCCCCUGCCGCCCCUGCCGGGCCGGACUGAGCAAAUCGACCAGCCCCCGGUCAUGAGGAAGGACCGGGCCAAGAGCUGUGUGCUCAUGUAGAGACCGAUCAUAAAUACUGUAUAUAAAUAUGUAUAUACUUAAACACAGAAAUAUAUAAGAGAGGAAGUCUAUUUAUUGUUUUUUUUGUUUGUAUUUUUUUCCUCGUAUUUUCAUUUUUUGCACUGCAGAGGAGUGAUGAAAAAAAAACAGCGCUGUGGAAACAAAUGCUUUGGAUUUUUUUUUCCUUUUUUUAAUUUUUUGCGUGUGUGCAUAUUUUCUAAGCUGUUUACAUAUUUGUGUUGUUUUGAAAUGAUGGCAAAUUGGACUAACCCUCCGGACAUGAGGAAGCUGUGAUAGUGGAAGUGUCGUCUAGUGCCGGGUAUUAAAGAGGAAUUAAUUUCCUGAAACCGCUCUCACAAAAGGAUGGCAGAGGUGAUGGAGCAGAGAGUGGAGAGAAUGAGGAAGAACCAUGUUGACGUCUGAGGAUGAAGCUCAUUUUCAAAGACUGUGUUGCUCAGCGGACAUGAUGACUUUUGUCCAUUUGCACUGCCUGAAGAUGCUUCCAGUCGCCAUAUUUGAGAGGAAAACCUGUAUGUAUAGUAAUGCUGAAAAGGGAUUCUACUGAUCAGAUGAACAAUGGCUCAAACCAAACAUUAGGAGCUAGAGCUGUGUUUUUGUUACGGCAAUAUUGUGAAGGUGCGUGCGAGCAUUACUACCACAAGUGCAUUUUAGAGAAGAAAAGUCACAAAAUACAGUAUCUGAUUUUCUUUUGUUCAUUUAACACAGUUUUUCUCAUCA